GUGGGACCUUGCCCCCGGUGGAGGCAAGACUAGACCUGGACCGCCUUAUAACGAAAGAGGAAGCAGGGGAGGCACUGAAGGCGAUGGCCAACGGCGAGACACCUGGAAACGAUGGAUUGCCAGUAGAGUUCUACAGACACCACUGGGAAAUGCUUGGAGAAAGCUUGGUAUCAGUCUACUACGAAAUACAGAUGGGAGGCGUACUUCCGGUCAGCGCCUGUAGAGGAAUCAUCUCGCUGCUGUUCAAGAAGGGAGAUACCAAUGAAAUUAGGAACUGGAGGUCAAUCUCAUUAUUGAAUGUCUCAUAUAAAAUUCUGGUGAAAGUCCUCACGAGAAGACUGGGGAGAUACCUGCCCCAGCUGGUCGCAGACGACCAAGCCGCCUUCGUGCAAGGAAGAUCCAUCUAUGAUAACAUUGUCACAGCGGUGGAGGCACUUGAUGUGGUCAACCAGGAGGAGUUGGAAGUCUCUAUAUUACUGCUCGAUAUGGAAAAAGCAUACGACCGAGUUAACUGGUCGUAUGUCUUUUCUACUCUGAAAUGGAUGAACUUUGGGGACCCCUUCUGCACAUGGGUAGUAGCACUCUACUCGCUGUCCACUGCAUCAGUGAUGGUCAACGGCCACAUUUCAGCCCCGUUCAAACUGUCAAGGUCCCUGCGCCAGGGCUGUCCCCUGGCGCCGCUCCUCUUCAUUGUGCACCUGGAAGUCCUGCUGAACAAUAUCAGAGCACACGUGCAGGUGGUAGGACUGGAAACGAACCAGAUAACGUGCAAGGUGAAAGCCCUCGCGGACGACCUGUUCGCGAUCUCGACCAACACGAUAGAGUCAAUGACACUGUUGCCAGUGCGGUACUGUUUAAAGCAGUACGAGGAACUCUCCGAGGCUACAAUAAACUGGCAAAAGUCAGUUUACUUCCUCCCAGAGCAGUACUCACCGGUGGUGAAGUGGGGCAUGAAACGAAUCAUGCAGGACGAGUCGGAACGUUUCCUUGGAGUGCAAGUGGCUCUCUCCUCCUGUGCGAUGCGCCAUGAAGAGAUCCUACAACCCAAGGUAAAGCCAGAGAUGGUCUCACACCCAGGUACGAAGGAGGAGGUUCUCUCACAGAUUAUAUUUGAAAACCACCUCAUAAGGGAUACGACAGGGUCGAUGCUGAUGGCCGAUGCAAAGCCAGGCAGCUUCGGCAGAAGGUGGAUGGAGAAAGGGGUGGUGCGCCUAAGAGACCUGUGGGACGAGUGGAGGAACAACUGGAUCUACACUGAGGAACUCGAAGGAAAGCUCAAGCUAGGGAAGUACUCCAGGCAGAGAAUGCUGCAAGUCCUCGAAGCGGUCCCAGACGAAUGGAAGCGUAUCUUCUCACCGGAAUUCGUAAACCUGCCAGGCACCUGGUAUGAAAUGGCAGCACAAGACGAGGGCUCGGAAAGGAGCUUUCUCAAAACAGUAGAACUGAGCGGAGCGGGGGCAAAAGAUUUCAGCAGUGGGUUCCAGCAGGCCUAGAAGGGAAGCAGACCCGACUAGACGUACGGGAUACAUUGAUAUCGAUACCGACUGGUCGUAUUCAGGAGCAGUCUCCCUGAUGAGCAGAGGGUUAAAGAUAGAUCUGCAAUGUAAAAGGUGCCUCUGGUCGUUCGAGUCUACGAUUCAUAUCUGGUGGGAUUGCCCGGCCUCUAGGAGGAUCUGGAACUGGUGGGUAACUCAGCGGGAAAGUUGAACAGAGGAGCUGAAGUGGGACAGAAAGUGGGUGUUACUUGGAGGAAUCCCAGACAGUCUUCAUCUGCACAGAGGAUGGGGAUACGUAGCCCAGGCAGUUCAGGCAGUGGGAUUGAGGGUAAUUUGGAUGGAGAGGAACAAGGCACAGUUUGAAAGGAAAAUCAUGCCGGACCCAGAGAUCAAAGCCACCUUCAAGGCCAAGAUUCGAAGAAUGAUAGCAGCACACUGGAGGCGGAAAGUGCCUCGAGGUAGUGGGAGGAGCAACGGAAUCAAAUGGUUCCAAGAUA